AUGGGAGAGCCUGAGAAAGAAGAUGGAGUUGUUCAAUUGAAAAUUGAAGAAGGUGAGAAAGAAAAAGAAGAAAAACAAGGAAAAGAAAAUGGUGGAGGAGGAGGGGGAAGUAGUAGUCAUCAACAACAAAAACAAAAAUUAAUAACAACUGCUGGGGGUUCUUCUGCUUGUUCUGCUGCUUUAACAGAAGAUGCUGAAUCACAAGCAACAACUACAAAUUUGGAUGAAAGUGUGGAUGGGGAAAUUGGUGGGGGAAAUAAUGAACCUGGAAAAAUGUUUGUUGGUGGGCUUAGUUGGCAAACUACUGCAGGUUUGGAAGAAGAAAUUUUUUGUUUUAUGGGAGAUAGGGUGGAGGGAGUUAAAAAGAAUUUUUCUUUUAUAGAAGGUCUUCGCGAUUAUUUUUGCAAAUUUGGAGAAGUUAAUGAAUGUAUGGUUAUGCGAGAUCCAACGACCAAACGUGCUAGAGGCUUUGGAUUUAUUACUUUUGUAGACCCAAUUUCUGUAGAAAAAGUGUUAGCAAUCGAAAUACACGAAUUAGAUGGAAAACGAAUAGACCCUAAAAUAGCUUUUCCUAAAAAACAACAACCAAAAUUAGUUGUAAAAACAAAAAAAGUUUUUAUUGGUGGAUUGUCUUCUAAUUCUACUAUAGAGGAUCUUAAACAAUAUUUUUCACAAUACGGGAAUAUUGAAGAUGCAAUGUUAAUGUUUGAUAAAACUACUCAACGGCACAGAGGUUUUGGUUUUAUUACAUUUGAUGAUGAUGAAGUUAGUGACAAAGUUUGCGAAAUACAUUUUCAUGAAAUUAAUGGAAAGAUGGUUGAAUGCAAAAAGGCACAACCAAAAGAAGUCAUGCUACCUCUCCAACUAAAUAAAACCCGUGCUGCAGCUCGUAAUCUUUAUGGAUUAGCACCAGAACAAUUGCUAGCUUAUGCUUCUUUUAUUCCUCGACUGCCUGCUUACGGCCCUCCUCCAGCUCCCCCCUCUCACCACCACCACAAUCACGCAAUGACAGCAGCGUUAACUGCAGCGGCAGCAGCAGGUGUAUAUGGACAUCACCACCACCACCCUCAACACGGAAAUGGAGGAGUUUCUUGUGCAGAUUUACCCCAAGGCGUAGAUUUGUUAAGAAUUGGUCCAGCAGCAACGGGUAUUCAAUUUCAUGGGAAUGGGUUUGCCCAUCAACAACAACAUCAUCCCCAACAACAAGUUACUAGCCAUUUUGCUUUGGGAGGGUCUGGAGGGAAUAAUAAUACUGGAAAUAGAGGAGGACAGCUAGGAGGAAAUAAUGCUGGUGGGGGACCUAUCAAUCCGAGAGAUUUGGCUGCUGCACAGUUGGUUGCACAACAGCAGGCUGUAUAUGAAGCUGCGAUGGUAGGGGAAAUUUUUUUAAAUGUGAAGAGGUUUUGGUGAAUGGUUUAAAGAAUGUAUUUUGCAUAUUUGAAGAAGGGCACUUAUGGCUUAACUUGAUAAGUUCUAGAAUUUUGGUUUGGGAAGAGAUCGUUCUUUAGGAACCGGCCUAAACGAAAACCAUGGAUUUUUCGGUUAGGUUCUUCGGUCUGGUUUUGAGUAUCCGAAUGUUGUGGGCCGAAGUUGUG